AUGAGCAGCGCUGCAACUUACGAGAUAGCAAACACCGACGAGCUGGAGGCUCUUGGGAGGGACGAUGUCGCGUUUGACACAAGCGCUGGUCUUGGACCAGAUGAAAGCGUGCGUCAGGAGGAUGUGGAUGCAACAUCCUCGCCCAAACGGCGCGUGUGCAUCGUGCUAGUAAUUGCAGUGAUAUCGCUUGCAGUCAUCGCAACGUUCCUGGGGGUGUUUCUGUCGAGGAAGCGGACAUCUGACAACUCGGAAGUUCCUGCUAUGCCAGAUCCUGGACUCUCAGCCGGCGAUACCUCUCCGCCUGCCUCAGAACCUGAAGCUCCCCCUGGUGAUUCGGAUGACUUGAAACCUGCGGCACCCAAGGAAGUGAAGAUAUAUGCGAUCAAUGUAUUGGAUUCGAAGCCACAUGACACAAGGGCAUUCACGCAGGGUUUCGAGUACGCAAACGGUGUGUUUUAUGAAAGUACCGGGAUACGAGGGAAGUCAUCUUUGCGAAAAGUUGAUAUUGACAGCGGGAAAGUUAUUCAAAAGUAUGAGAUACCGGACAUGAGAUUGUUCGGGGAGGGUAUGACGCUGCACACGACUCAUCAUAUCUUCAUGCUGACAUGGCAAUCGGGGCGUGGGUUGGUGUUUAACCAGUCUACGUUUGAGGUGAUCAAGGAGUGGAAGUAUGAAGGAGAAGGGUGGGGGCUGUGCAUGGACCGGGUAAAGGAUGAGGUGUACAUGAGCGAUGGAACGGACCAGCUUCGGGUGUUAGAGCCGGACAAUCUUUCGGAAUUGAGGAGGGUGAAUGUGACUCUGCGUGGAAAGAAAGUGAGGAACCUGAACGAGCUCGAAUGGGUUUGCGGAGAAGUUUGGGCAAACGUCUGGCAGACGUCGCAGAUAUAUCGGAUUGAUCCGGUGAGCGGACGGGUGAAAUCGAUUAUCAAGGCGGACUCAAUUCCAUUAGCCAAGGAUAAAUUGUCAUCCAAUGAUGUGUUGAAUGGAAUUGCGUUUGAUAGAGCUUCGGGUCGUUUAUGGUUAACUGGAAAGCUUUGGCCUGCCAUCUACCAAGUUUCCAUCACGGACGAUACUUUAGAUGUCUCAAAUUGUAAAUAAAGAGCGACAGGCACUAUUGAAAAGUAGCGUUGGAGACUGAGAUGAGUAGUUGGUGGUCAUUUGCAAGGAUGAAGUGCUGAACGAUGGUGUUGAACGGCUGUGUUGGUAUUGUUGAAAGUGUCUUCCCUGCAUAUCUUACGUGUGCAACUCUUUCGAAGCGAAGCAAGAUGAUUGCGUUUUCGGUGCGGCGCUUGGCGACAGAAGCAUUGGACCGAGGAGCGAUGCUACUUUAUGAUAGGAGCCUGCCUCUCUACGACGUCCUAUGGUGACUAACAAACUGUUUGCAUGAGAAUUUGGAGAAACACUUUGGAAAAUGAAUAAAGAGGUGCCAUAGCCCGAUGGCUAUCCUUACAGUACAUGCCAUGACUGUAAGCUUUGGCCGGGAGUAUCCGACGAGGCUACUCGCAACGCGUUUUUCAACAAACUGUACCCUCGGGUACAGUAGAAUCUCGGUGCCACGCAUGCACAGCCCUGGCCCGGACCCCUGGCCCGGACCCAAUGUUUAACUUAAUGUGUACCUUAUCAUAUACCUUACAUCUUUAUUUACAACAGAGCUAAGACCCAGACCCUUUUGGGUCAAAGCGGACCCAAGAGCGCCGCCUUUUGUACGGAAAUUGCUUGACACGGAGCAGAGCACCAUGGCCGCCUUGCUUCUGCCUCUCGCAGUCUUUGAGCAGCAGUCGCCCGUGGCCUGGGACAAUGCCUAGAUCCUUGUCAUGAACGCCUCGCGCCUGCCCUGCUUUUCAUUCUGCCCAUAUCAAGCACUUUCUGUGCGCACCGAAGUCGCCGGGCGCCCUCUCUGCAGUGCCAUGAGGAAACGGCGCCCGCUCAAACCCACCUCUCGUCUGGAAGGAAAAGCCGCCGCAAACACUGUGUCACGCCUCAAGGAUGCCCCGGGCACACCAGCAGCACUAGCCAUUGCCUUCACUGCCAUUGUCACAGUCGUGGGGCUGCUGGCGGCCCGAGCCGCCCAAACUCCCGCCCUCAGAAACCCACACGCCGUCAAGGGCGGUCAGCUUGCCUCAUUGCCUCGUGCUCCUGUGUACUCUACAACCGUCUUGGCAGAGUACACUCAUGACUACGAGGCCUUUACUCAAGGACUCACAUGCCACAACGGACAACUUUUCGAAUCAACCGGCCUCCGCGGUCGCUCCUCUCUACGCCAUGUAGAUGUAGAGACGGGCACCGUCAUAAAAGCCCAUCACUUGGACAGCGCUGACUUUGGAGAGGGGCUUGCCAUUGUCGGCGAGAACGGAGACAAGAUCGUGCAGCUCGUCUGGAAGACAGGAAAGGGCUAUGUCUACAACCGAGAGGACCUCACCCCAGAGUCUGAGUUUUCCUACGAGGGCGACGGCUGGGGUAUAGCCUCUUGGCCCGGAAAGAGUCACGAGGUCUUUCUCAGUGACGGCUCCUCUCGCAUUCGCGUGUAUCGACUCGUCGAUGGCGCCUUGGUAAAGCUUCGUGAGUUCACCGUCCGGGACGGGCUCAAGGAUGUCGGCUUGCUGAAUGAGCUGGAGAUCGUCGGAGACGAGCUCUGGGCCAACGUCUGGCUCUCCAGUUUUAUCGCGAGGAUCGACCCGCAGACGGGCACCGUCGUCAGCUGGCUUGACCUGCAGAACAUCCUGGAUAAGUCGGCCAUUCCAAAAGGCCAUGAGGUUGAUGUCCUGAAUGGAAUUGCCUACGACAAUUUAAAACGACGAGUGUACGUGACGGGGAAACUUUGGCCAAGGAUGUAUUCUAUUCAAGUCUCCGAUAAAAGGGUGGCCGAUAACAUCGAGAGAGCUGGAAAUGCCUUUUUCCUGGACCCCAAUCGCGUCAAGUACGUGCACGAGUCGAUCAUUGGAAUGUAAAAUACAAACGGAACGUGUAGGUAGAGCCUCGUGUA